CAGAAAUAUUGGAUUUCUGCAGAAAUAUUAUGGGAUUGACAGAGAGAAUAAGCUUACUCAAGCUGAUCGGACUUUCGAUAACUUCAUAUAUCCCAUACUUGAGGAGAGGACGGAACAGCUAAAUAACAAAACCCAGCAGCAACCACACGAUUCCUCCGGCAUGCUGACGUCACACAUCGAAACCCACCGAGGAAAGUCGAUGCAGUUUCUGAGAGACACCUUUGUGACAUUGAUCAUCGCCGGAGGAGACACCACGGCUUCGGCACUCACUUGGUUCUUUCUGCUCCUUGCACAAAACCCUCAGGUUGAAGCAAAGAUCCUCCACCACAUCCUUCAACUUAAACAAAACAAGAAAGUUUUUAAGGUAGAAGAAUGCCAGAAGUUAACCUACCUCCACGCCGCCAUUUGUGAAUCUCUCAGGUUAUUUCCUUCGGUUCCUUUGAACCACAAGAUCCCGAUUGAGAAGGAUAUUCUCCCCAGUGGCCAUGUUGUUACUCCAAACAUAAAAAUAAUAAUGUCAUUUUAUUCCAUGGGGAGGAUGGAUACGGUGUGGGGUGAAGAUUGCAUGGAAUUCAAGCCGGAGAGGUGGAUUUCACCCGAUGGUGGAAUCAAACGUCAACCUUCUUAUAAGUAUCCAGUCUUCAAUGCUGGACCCAGAUCUUGCAUAGGCAGGGAUAUGGCUUUCACUAUGAUCAAAAUGAUUGCAGCUACCAUAAUAUGUCACUAUCAAUUUCAACUGGUGGAACCUCAUCAUCCAGAAACAGUUCUAAUUGCCGAUUCAAUCCUUCUAGAAAAAAAAUAUGGUUUGAAGGUCAAAUUCAGCAAACGUAAGUAGUAUUUAAUUAAAACUAUCAACUUUAAUUUCAUUCUCAACUCUCUAGCUAGCUACUAUUCUCAUAUUAAUUAGUGCAAGUCUUGUGUUAAAAGUACUGUAGUAUUUA